AACCGGUCCCUGGUGCCAAAUAGGUUGGGGACCGCUGCGUCGACGUCUAUCUCUUUGAGCGCUAGCGCGUCGCUAGGUUUCCGAUUAAAACACAUUGAGCGCUGGCGCGUCGCUAGGUUUCCGAUUAAAACACAUUGAGCGCUGGCGCGUCGCUAGGUUUCCGAUUAAAACACAUUGAGCGCUGGCGCGUCGCUAGGUUUCCGAUUAAAACACUUUGAGCGCUGGCGCGUCGCUAGGUUUCCGAUUAAAACACAUUGAGCGCUGGCGCGUCGCUAGGUUUCCGAUUAAAACACAUUGAGCGCUGGCGCGUCGCUAGGUUUCCGAUUAAAACACAUUGAGCGCUGGCGCGUCGCUAGGUUUCCGAUUAAAACACUUUGAGCACUAGCGCGUCGCUAGGUUUCCGAUUAAAACACUUUGAGCACUAGCGCGUCGCUAGGUUUCCGAUUAAAACACUUUGAGCGCUAACGCGUCGCUAGGUUUCCGAUUAAAACACUUUGAGCGCUAACGCGUCGCUAGGUUUCCGAUUAAAACACAUUGAGCGCUAGUGCGUCGCUAGGUUUCCGAUUAAAACACUUUGAGCACUAGCGCGUCGAUAGGUUUCCGAUUAAAACACUUUGAGCGCUAGCGCGUCGCUAGGUUUCCGAUUAAAACACUUUGAGCGCUAGCGCGUCGCUAGGUUUCCGAUUAAAACACUUUGAGCGCUCGCGCGUCGCUAGGUUUCCGAUUAAAACACUUUGAGCGCUAACGCGUCGCUAGGUUUCCGAUUAAAACACUUUGAGCGCUCGCGCGUCGCUAGGUUUCCGAUUAAAACACUUUGAGCGCUAACGCGUCGCUAGGUUUCCGAUUAAACUCGUGCGUGGUUACGCAGUCGCGUUUCGCAGUGGUGCAUUCGUGAAGCGUAUAUGUGUACUGUGUAUUCAUCAUUUCCCCGUGUGCGCCGAGCCAGAGCAGGCACGCUCAUCAUUCAUUCGCUCGUUAAUAUCGCCGUGGCCUUGAAUUGCCGACGUUUCGGGAUUUCCUCUAUCCCCCCCUCGACACUUCCGCAUUUGACACUUCCGGGCACGCAGUCCAAGAAGCGAAGUGAAACUUGGCGAGUAAAGAAGCACAACAAUCCUCGCCGGUAGCGGAGACUUUAGUUUCUCAGCGGUGGUCAUUCAGCGAUAAUUAAGGGUCGGCGAGUUUUGUUCUCUAGGGACGUCCACAGAUUCCUCGUAAACGGAGACCUCUGGGCUUCUGGUUGUGUGACUGAGCCGCCGAUGCUAGCUGGUGCAAGGAUGGGUUCCCCGGUGCCCGUGGUUCUCCUCUCCUGCGGUUCCUUCAACCCGAUCACCAACAUGCACCUUCGCAUGUUCGAGUUGGCUCGCGACCACCUGCAGGCCACAGGACAGUACCAUGUGGUGCAGGGGCUGCUCUCCCCUGUAGGGGAUGAGUAUGGGAAGCCCGGGCUGGUCGCGACCGUUCACCGCAUGGCGAUGGUGCAGAAGGCCGUGGCGGCCUCCGGGUGGCUCAGCGCCGACCCAUGGGAGAGCGAGCAGGGCAGCUGGCUCGAAACCGUCAGGAUCCUCAGACACCACCACAACCGCAUCCUGGAAGAGGGGAUUGUGCUGGGCAACGCUGCCACUUCGGGCGUGACCACGACCAAACAGGAGGACCUGGUUGAUGGAUCCCAUCCUCGUGGCGCCAAACGGAAGCAGAAGUGGGAGAGUGGCGGGUGUGUGGGGAAGAGGAUUAAAACCGUGACAGGGGACGAGCACACGGGCAACGACGGCGUGGAGCAGCAGGAGCAGGUGGAGUCGGCGGUGGCGGUGAUGGAGCCAACGGGCGGCGAGACAGCGCCGGCCGGCCAGCCGCGCGUCAUGCUGCUGUGCGGGGCCGACCUGCUGAAGUCGUUCCAAGUGCCGGGCCUCUGGGACCUGGCCGAUGUGGCCGAGAUCGUAGGCCGGUUUGGCAUCGUGUGCGUGUCGCGCUGUGGCUACGACUGCCCGAAGAUUAUCUACGAGUCGGAGCUGCUGUGGAAACACCGCAACUCCAUCCACCUGGUGCAGGAGUGGGUGACCACAGAGCUGAGCUCAACGCACGUGCGCCGCGCGCUCCGCCGCGGUGCCAGCGUGCGCUACCUUGUGCCGGACACGGUGGUCGAGUACAUCUCCCGGCACGGCCUCUACCAGAGCGACGAGGAGGAGGGGAAGGACCGCUUCGCCCCGCUGGCGCCGCUCGCUCGUCGCCGGCAAAAGGCUGACGGCGCCGCAGAAACAACCGCUGACGUCGCAAACGACAACGCCAUCGCCGAAACCACGAACCGCACCGCCGGGACGGCCAGCGUCACCGUCACCGGUGUCGCCAUCGCCGCCUUGAAAUAACAACGCGCAAAGAAGUUGACACGUUUGUCGAUGAUAACCGUCACGCCAUGCUCGUGCCGUGCGUGGGGCCUUAAAAGAGAAUAAUGUGUAAGAGGCAGCAUUUGUACGUCUGUAUGCGGAGUGACGUGCAAACUCCAAAUAUACAGCAGGCGUCGGGGGUCGGAACCGGAACCCACAAACUCCUGCGUAGCAGGCGAGGUAGCUGUAUGUAAGUACCAAACCGUGCUAAAGGUGCCGGGGAAAGGACAACAAACUAAACACGAAAAGCUCUUCUCAAGGAAUGAGUUUUCAAUCUAGUUGAUUUUAAAAUGCAUGGCUCCAGUGGCUUCCUAAUAUCGGAAGGAAGAGCUGUUCCAGACGGCCGUAGAAGCGCAUCUGAAAGCGCGCCAUGCGGUUCACUGUCUUUGGCUCGACGGCUAGCCAAACGCUGCUGCUACUGCGAGGAUGACCUGAGUUUGCGUGAUGUUGGUGUAUGCUCAUUUACGAGAUCAGUGAGGUAUUGUGGUUCAUUUGUGGCCAUGCACUGACAGAGGAUGUGACUGAGCUGUCUUGCGCAUCAACCUACAGUUGCAAUCGGUUUCUUAUGGGUCACGUCGUUUGGGGCGUAAAGUAAACCAGAGGCUUUGUACCCUCUACCACUCGAUGCGGCCAAACCAGCCGGGUUGCUGUCACGUGGGUUCGCGUGCCAAGCGGCUUCGGGUUUUUUUGGCGAACCAGGCGAUGAGAGGAGGGGGGGGUGUAAAGCAAACCACACAUUUUUUGGCAAAAUUUACGCGACCGCAUCGCUGGAGGUGACAUCGAGCGGAGCUCUCAGGAACGCCCGGCGAUCCUCAAUGUGACCGGUUAAAACGUGGUACAACAGUGUCGACGUCGCUUUGCUUCGCAAACUCCUUCCUCCAGUCUGCUGGAAAAAAAAAAACAAAUCUAUUGGCACAAUUGGCCCCCGUGACUUGACAACUUGAUUUUAUUGGCUCUGUCAACAUAUACAUUACACCACGACAAUCUAAUCCCAAGAGUAUGAAUUAUGAAACAUUUCACUUAAUUGUUACAUGAUGUUCCAUUUCACACGUGAAUAAAUUUGACAAUAUGAUGUGUAA